AUGAAACAACUUGGAUUAAGUCCACGGCAGAUUGGAUUGACAAAUCUUAUGGGAGUUCCGAAUUUAUUCAUGCCAUCAUGUCUAUUCAUUGGCGACAAAUUUCGGGUGCGAAAACUUUUUGUUACUAUUGGAUUAGUUUUUCUGGUCGUAUGCUAUAUUCUUCCGCUGCUUCCUUUAAUAGUUUCGCCAUCAGUGAUUUUUUGCUUAACAUCAAACAAGUCGAUAGCGUUUACAUCUGGACAGUCUAUCAAUAGUUCAGUGAUUUCACGAAAUUCGUUUCCUACCAAUAAUUUAACCUACAAAUUAGGCGACUCGGAGCAAGGAACAGCCCCCACAAACACAGAGGCAAGUUAUUCUGAAAGUGUUCCCUGGCUUAGCAAAUUGUUUAUCUUGAUGCUUGUCACCAGAACUGCAUAUGAAUUUCCACACAGAAUGCUUGUAUCUCUAGGAGAUUUGGCGACCAUUACGUUCCUUAAAGAGCGCAGAGCAAAUUACGGUGCAUAUUAUAUGUGGAGCCAUAUUGGUGGUGGCAUUUCGAUAUUCACUGUUGCUAUGUUGGCAUGGUUUAUCAAAAUUAACAUUUGUGGGACAGAAGAUUAUGGUUAUUUUACAAUGUAUAUCGUUGCAGGCUGUAUGGCGCUACUUUCAAUGCUUUCUCUGCCGUGGUUUCGGUAUGAAUACAACGAAAAUAAAACUAUUAACUGGUCAGAAGUAAAAUCAGCAUUAUGCAAUGCUCAUUUUGCACUCAUGUUUUGCAUCCUUUUUUGUACCGGAAUUCCUGUAGCGUUUCAGACAUUCUGGGAGUUUUGGUAUUUAGACGGAUUGUCUGCCAGUCCUUUAUUAUUGGGUAUAGCUGGGUUAAUUCGUCGGCCAAUGCUGGCAAUUUGGAUGUUAUUGUCUUGCGAGUUGCUGAAAAGAAUUGGUGAGCUGAAAACUAUAUGUAUCGCUUUCUUUCUGUUUGCUCUGUCCUUUUUGGCUCUGUCCUUCACACGGGUACCAUGGUUUGUGCUGGCUAUCGACGUGUUUCAAGCGGCUGCUUACGGACUGGCAUAUUGUAGCUUCACAGUGCAUUUUUCAAAAGCAGGUUCAAAAACAUGUUCAGGAGUUAUUCGCGGUAAGUCUUUCUUUAACUCGCGUUUCCAACUAGCGUCGAAUUUACCGGCUUAG